AUGCUCCUUACUGCGCUCUUGUUUCCCCUACUUGCAAGGGCCGCAGUUAUACCCGAACUAAUUUCUCAAGAUGACUCAGUUAUUCUCUCCGAUGACUACAAAGUUCCGAUUACUCUAGGAGUAAUGAGCAGAUGUCCCGAUGCAUUGCUCUGCGAGGGCGUGUUCAACCAUGUCGUAUCCGAAGUUAGCGACAAGAUUGACAUCGGACUUGCUUUUAUUGGCAAAUUGAACGACUCGGAACCGCUAUAUGGCGUCACUUGCAUGCACGGCGAGUAUGAAUGUGCCGGAAACAUACACGAGCUUUGUGCAAUCGCUCAUACGUCUUCGCAUGACGAAUGGUGGCCGUUUUUGCGAUGUCUCAACUAUAAUGGGAGGAACCAAAUCGGGUUGGAGGAUGCCAGCCGGAAGUGCGCCCGGGUUGUUGGGAUCGACUGGGAUAAAAGUGGCAUCGGCGCUUGUGUGGCCGGAGACGAAGGAAAGCGUUUGCUGCGCGAGAGUGUGGAGUAUUCGAAACGCAACCAGAUAACGACAAGUUGCACGAUAAUUAUCAACGGCAAGGUGCGAUGUAUCCGCGACAGCACGUGGAAAGAAUGCGAUGAUGGACAUACUCCGGCCGACUUUGUUCGCCGAAUUAACAGUGAAUACGAUAAACUCAACUACAAGAGACAUCAUUCCAACUUAACCGAGAUCUCCAUGUAA